GCUUGGCCACGCCCACUGCCCCUCCUCCAGACAGCGCUACCAAAUAAGUCAGCAGAAAUGAAAGUUGCUGUGGAGAGACAGACACGCGGAUCAAGCUCACUCAACGGGUCUCACUCAAACUUGCUGCUCACCACACAAAAGACACUUUGAUGGCACGUGUCAGAGGAGAAGGAACACCCUUAGAGUGCAAGAAUGAAAAGGAGAUGCGCUGCCUUGCUGAAGCACAAGUUCUACCUCAUAUUUUUCCCAUUGUUCAUUGUGUGUUUGCUGACUCUUGUCUACGUAAAAGUCGUAGUGAGAAAGAAGUUCUACAUCGAGCCCUAUGGAAUUACCCUACACUCAUCCAAAGCACAGGCUAACAAAGAUGUCAUUGACUGCAUGGCCAUUUAUCAGCAGGAUCCAGUAGAAAUUGGCAAGUCUUUGGAGAUAAGGCGCAGAGACAUUGUGGACUUGGAUGAUGAGAGCAUCACAGCCUUUACGGCAGAUUGUCCCAGAUACGUUAAAGCGAGGGGCUACAGUGACAUCUCUGUGACUGAUGAGGAGAAGAACUUUCCGCUGGCCUACUCUUUAGUCGUGCAUAAGAACAUGCCCAUGGUGGAGAGGAUUAUCAGGGCCAUCUAUGCACCAACCAACAUAUACUGCAUACAUUAUGAUCAGAAGUCUUCCGAAAGCUUCAUCGCAGCGGUGAAGAACCUGGCCAAAUGCUUCCCCAACAUCUUCAUCGCCUCCAAACUGGAGUCGGUGGAGUAUGCACACAUCACGAGACUUAACGCAGAUCUUAAUUGCUUGUCAGAUUUAAUGAGUUCAGAGGUCAAAUGGAAGUAUGCCAUUAAUUUGUGUGGGCAGGAUUUUCCACUUAGGUCCAACUAUGAGCUUGUGGAGGAGCUGAAGAAGCUGAACGGUGCGAACAUGCUGGAGUCCAGCCGACCCAGCGAGCUAAAGAGGGAACGCUUCGUCUUUCAGCACAAACUGCAGGACGUUCCGUACGAGUAUCAUAAACUACCCAUUAAGACUACGAACGCUAAGAGCGCCCCACCACAUGACAUUGAGAUGUUUAUUGGAAGUGCCUACUUUGUAUUGUCACGUGACUUUGUCCAUUAUGUCCAGACUGCCCAGGUGGCCAAAGACUUUCUAGACUGGUCAGCUGACACGUACUCUCCUGACGAGCACUUCUGGGCCACGCUGGCACGAGUGCCUGGGGUGCCUGGAGAGAUUCCCAGAUCAGAACCUGACGUGACCGACCUGAAGAGCAAGACCCGUCUGGUGAAAUGGGAGUAUCUGGAGGGGUCUUUGUACCCCGGCUGCACUGGAACGCACAUGCGCAGCGUUUGUAUCUACGGUGCUGCGGAGCUCCGGUGGCUCCUGGAUGAUGGCCACUGGUUCGCAAACAAGUUUGAUCCCAAAGUCGACCCUGUCCUUAUUAAGUGUCUUGAGGAGAUUCUUGAGGAGAAAAAACUCAGACACUGGUUGAACACAGUGUCUUGAACUAAAGAAGAAGCAAUGAAGUUCAAGGAAAGUUCUUAUUUAAAAUCUUAUUUUAAUGGACCUACCAGUGUGCUGAUUCACUUUUGAACUAUUUUAGUUCUUGCAAAAUGUUUUUAAAUAUUUUAAACAGCUUCUAUGUGAAGAACAAUCACAGCAAGGUCAGCAAAAUUGAGAAAAGUAGGCAGUAGUUAUGUGGUGAGACCAGGGACUGUAGAAAAACAUGGACAGUGCAAUUUCCCGUAAAAGUAAAGCCACCAUAAGUCUAGGACUCUUGGCUGGUUGCAUUAUGAAGUGUGGCUCUGCCUAUAUGUCUACAUUAUGUUUCAGUGUCAUUUUAAUUUUCAAGUCUCUUUUUUCUCAUCUAUAAUUUAAAGUAUUUACAUCUUAAGUGUCUAAUUCCAGCAAUUAGAUUUAAACAUUAUUCCACUAUAUCGUAAGAAUAUGUAAAGUGCGGUUUCACAUAGGAAUAAAUUUAUUGACAGUCUCAGCUGGAAGAGACCAUCUGGAGGACAUUUCUGUUUAUAUUUAGAGUAAGCUGAUUUGUAGUCAAGCUGUCAGGCAACAAGCUUGUUAAUCAUAACAUUUUAUGUUUAGUUUGAUAUUUGUGAAAAUUGGCAGUGUGAUCUAAUAAGCCGUUAGCCAGCUGGCUAACAUUAGUAUUUUUGUGUCUACUGGACUUGGUAGUAUUUGUACUUGCUUUCAGCCAGCUUUAAUAUACAGUAUAUUUUGGUCAGGACAGUUUACACAUACCUUUAAAACAUUUAUUUUUCUUUUUUUAAUCAUCCCUGAUGUGUAAUGACUGGUCUCUGCGGAAAACAGUACUGCAAUAUCAUUGUAAUGUACAUUGUUCCGUUAUACAAUGCAUAAACUUCAUAUUUACUUUUGAUACAUUAUACUUACAGGAUAAACUUACUUUGCUUUGGUCCUUUAGGCUGUGUUGUACUGUAAUUUAAAGAAGGCAGUUUGAGACACAUGAGAAUUUAUCUAAAGGAAGGGGGUGGAUCUAUCAGAAAACAUUGCAGAUACUUUUGGCUUAAUUUUUAUAGAGUAUAAGGGAAUUGAAUGGUGGGGUAAUACCUGUUUUCAGUCACACAGUAGCUUUAAGACAUUUGUAUAAUUUCUAUUUUAUUAAUUGACAUUUAUUAUGCAGAAGGUCUGAGACACACUUGGUGUAAGGGAAUUAGUGAAUCUACCAAAUUAUCAAAGUGAGUGAGUCAGGCCUCUACCUUAGGUCUUUUCUUUACAGACUCUGGUUGCAGAUCUGACAAUAUGUCAGAUAAUUAAUUCUAUACAGCUAUACAGAAAAAUUAAGAGAUCACUUCAGUUUUUGAAUCAGUUUCUUUGUUUUGCUAUUUAUAAGUAUGUGUUUAAGUAAAAUGAACAUUGUUGUUUUAUUCUAUAAACUACAGACGACAUUUAAAAAUAUAAAUAUUGUCAUUUAGAGCAUUUAUUUGCCAAAAUUCAAUGUGCAAAAAAACUUGUUCAUAUUCAUAAAGAUUUAAUAGUUCAGAAAUCAAUAUUUGGUGGAAUAACCCUGGUUUUUAAUCACAGUUUUAUGCAUCUUGGCAUGUUCUCCUCCACCAGUCUUACACACUGCUUUUGAAUAACUUUAUGCCACUCCUGGUGCAAAAAAUCAAGCAGUUCAGCUUGGUUUGUUGGCUUGUGAUCAUCUAUCUUCCUCUUGAUUCUAUUCCAGAGGUUUUCAAUUUGGUAAAAUCAAAGAAACUCAUAAUUUUUAAGUGGUCUCUUAUUUUUUUCCAGAGCUGUAGAUUGAAAGGCAGUUAAACAACAGCGUCCAUGUUUUUUACAGUCAUUGGAUGAAAAAUGUUUAUUUUAAGUGCCUUAUGUUUUUAAGAGGAAAAUAUGGAUUUAUUUCACUUUGCCUUAAGAAAAUGUGAAACAACAUUUUAUGCAACAUCGCAAACUUGACAAGCACAAAUCUUCUACCUCUACCUCAUUUUGUGCUGUUCAUCUUCUGCUGUAUCGUGUAGGACCUUUUCUCUGUGUGAGGCAUCAGCAGUCUGCAUGUGUGUGAGAUAUUGAUGAUAAUUUUGCAAUAUGAUGUAUUAUAAUAUUCUUAUAAACUAAAGUAUUUAUUUAAACUAUUAAGGUGUUCAUAUUCAGUAGCAAUAUAUCUCUUUUGUAUAAAAAAAAUGUGAAUAUAUGCUGCAUAUAAGAAAGGUCUAAACUGCACAAAUAAGACCAAUAUUUGUCACUUGUUUUAAUAAAGAAAACGUCAAAGAGAAA